CACACUACUAUUAAAAUGAGGUUAUGUUUCGCACUGCAUUAAUAAACGUAUAUGCUGGUAAGAGGAUGAAAGAGGGGUAUCGAGAAUAAACGCAAUUAAAGUUUUAUAUAACUAUGUUCGAUAUAAACUAUCGAUAUAUUAUAGAUUAGAAGUAUAUUGUACUAGAACAAGAAAGAGCUUCUCAUUUGUUUGUUCAGUUCAUACUGACCACGCUUAAAGUUCAUGCGUUUUUACGUAAAAAAAUUUUACUUAUAAUUUUUUUAAGUGAGAACAUGAUGUCAUCGUCGUAGAAUACGCAUAAUAAAAUUUAUUUUAUCGUCUUCGUCCUCAUCGUUGUCGAUUAUAACUUGUACAGUAACAAUCAACAACAGUAAUUAUUGUUAGCUUAUCUUUUAAUGUCCAUUCGACGUUUUAAUUUAUUAUUUUCACAACGAUUUUUAUUAAUAUUUUUAUUAUUAUGCAGUUCAUUACUCAUUCUGGCAUUUAUAAAGUAUUCUAGAAAACAAGCAACGAAAUUAUUAUCAUAUGAAAAACAACAGACGAAAGACUUAAUAAAUAAAAAUGAACAAACAAUAUUUGAAAGGAAUCGACAACCAGACAUAAAAUCGGACAAGAACUUGAUGAACAAUGGUGGUGGUGGUCUAUUAUCUGAUCCACUACAACGAGCUGCUCAUCUUGAAAAAAUUACAAAUGAUGAAAAUGAAUCCAACUAUCAAUGA